CUCAACAAGCUUUAGCACAAAUAGAACCAACUUAGGCCAAGAUGCGCAUAAAGACCUUAAACACAAUGACCGACUUUAGAAGAGAGAUAAUUUCGGGGCCAAAUGAAACAGAUCAAGGAUCUAGGUUAUCAGCUUUGCUUGGGAUUAGGUAGGCUGAAAAACCCUUCAAUCUAUGAGUCUUGGAAAGCGAUGAGACAUGAUCACCAUCAAUGGCUAAUGAUUUCAUGGCGCCUUGAUGUUUGCCACAAGCUUUAGUGUAUCCAAGGUCGAAACAAGAGCCAGAUUGUGUUUAUCUAGGGCUUGGAUCUAGUUUCCAGAAGAACUAGUGUAGAGGAAUUUCUCGGCUAGAUGGAGGACCUGGAUUACACUAGAACUCAGUUUGACAAGGGAUUAGCCGGAACUUUAUAGGGGAGAGAUUUUCUGGCGUUAUUAAUUGUAAGGAAGGGACAGAUGGUAGGCUAAAAAGGCUUCGGGUUCAGAGUCAGUCGCGUGAGGCUUUAGUAAAGAGGGUUUUCGGAGUUGGAAUCUGGGGAAAGAGUAGGCUGGAGAAUCUUGCUUUUUCCGACGAUAGUGAUGGUUUUCCGACCACAAGAGUGGAGCAGAUGGUUAAGCAGGCCAACGCCGCCAUGCGAUAGAGAUUCAUAAAUGUACACACAUUUCAAGAGUUUUUUUGAAUGCUCGACAGCAGCUCAAAGUCCGUUUUUAUAUUUUUUUGGUUUCCUUCGAAGACAAGUUGCCCCAAGUUAACCUUAACCUGGGCUUCCUGUUAGCCGGUUAAUCUACUCUUCUCCAUAUCCACGUCUUGGAUGUCAAGGCCCUAAACUAGCGCGGGCUUGGCCCUACAGAAACGGGUCCAUAUGCUUUACUCUUUUAUUUGGACCGCGUAUGUAGAAAUGCGGUACAGCCCGCAUGAAACAGUUUUCCCAAAAGAAAUCUCUCUUAAUCGGAGGUGGUCUCUCUCGUAAUCGGACGAGUUGUUGGGCCAUAAAACCCGCUCGCACUCUCUCUCUCUUCUCUCACUCUCUCUCUUAGUCGUAGGUGUAGUCUCUCUCCUCUCCCUCACAUAACCGGGGUUGCGCCUCUCUUGGAAAAAAGCCUUCGUAUAAAUUAUCCGCAUUUGCCAUUGCGACGAGGGCUCAUUGCACAAGGGCACGAAGAAGCUCUAAUGGCGUUCCAGGAUUCUGGAAUCGAAUGAAACUCUACAGUAAACCCUCCCCUUUUCAUUCAGAAACCCUUCACUCUUUCGUCUCUCUAUUGAAUGCCCCCUUCCCCCCCCCCCUCCCCAAAACGAUCAUUCUCAUCGAUUGUUUCCUGCGAUUUCAGAAGGUUAUUCUUUCUCUCUCUAGAAGUAAAAAGAGAAUUAGGUUGGCGAUCGAGGAGUUGUUUUUUGGUUCACUUGCAGCAGCAGAUCUAGGGUUCCAUUUUGUGAGAGGGAGAGAGAGUUGCAUGGUAGUUUAGGUGAAAGGGGAGAAGAGGGGAGAUUGAGAAAUAAGCUCACGGUUACAUCAAUAAAAAUCAUCAUCAAUUGGCUUUGGGCCCAGAAACCAUGUCUGCGAUAGUUUGUGGAAAGAGGUCCCUCUUUGAAGAGCUUCACACCCCUCCCCCCACCUCCAAGAGACUCCGCUGCACCUCCUCCCCGAUCCGAUUCUCCUCCCCCACCCAUCAUCGGACCCCAUCUUCCUUUCUCUCCGAUCUCAUUGUCCGCUUUCCUGAUAUGGAUGAAAAGCUUCUUGAGAGAGCUUUGGAAGCCUGUGACGAUGAUUUGGAUUCAGCCAUAAGAAGUUUGAAUGAACUUCGUCUUGGAUCUGCUGAAAGGAAUUUGCUUUCUCCUACUACCAAAUUUGAUGCAAAAAUGGGAACAACCAGUCAAGUGUCAUCUGAAGGUUUAGCAGAUGGUGGUGAAGAUGCUGGGCCUGAAGAAACUGCUCCUAGCGAUCUUCCAUCUGAUGGCUCAGAAUGGGUGGAACUGUUUGUAAGAGAAAUGAUGAAUGCUUCUGAUAUGGAUGACGCACGAGCUCGUGCUUCAAGAGUGUUGGAGGUGUUGGAGAAAUCUAUAGUGUCUCGUGCUGGUGCUCUAGCAGCUGAGAACCUUCACAAGGAAAACUUGGUUCUCAAGGAACAACUAGAAGUAUUACUUCGAGAGAACAGUAUCCUCAAGCGAGCUGUGGCCAUUCAGCAUGAGCGUCAGAAGGAAUAUGAGGAGAGUGGACGAGAAUUGGCGAAUCUGAAACAGCUUGUGAGCCAGUACCAAGAACAGGUUCGGACACUCGAGGUGAAUAAUUAUGCCUUGACUAUGCAUCUAAGGCAGGCUCAGCAGAGUAGCUCGAUGCCUGGCCGUUUCCAUCCGGAUGUGUUCUAGUUAGCUGCAUAGGUUUUGGUUAGUUUUGUUGGUUUUGGUCAUUACCUGGUGAUGAAGUUUAUAUGUGUGUAUGUAUCUAUCAUCGUAACCAUCAGGCCCAUCAAAAGAAAGUUAUUAUUUGGUUUCUUGUACGCGAAGAUCGGCGUUAUGUAUUAGGGGAAGAAAGUAAUCCCAGCGAUUAUUGAAAGAUGGCUUCUUUCACUUUUGAGGUAGGUGUUUGUAUUCCUGUUGGACACUCGCAGUUCUCAUUUUUCUUCGUGUAAAAGGCACUGUUUGUUUAUAGUGGCAGUCUUUGGAGCUUUCUUUCC